CAGGAAGUGGCUGGUUGAGUGUAGGGACGUCCCGGAGCUUCCCGAGCUCAGACCCCGAGGAGCGGCGGAGAAGGAGGAAGAGGAGGAAUGGACGAAGAUCCCGGUGCGUUUGAUCCGAACAUCCCAGAAGAGGGACCUUCAGCGCCCCCUCCUGGCUGGCUGGAUGACAUACAUGGAUACCAAGGCCAUAAAGGAGGCCCGGAUGACCCUUUGUACCCCCCUCCCCCGGCCUACAACCCCCAGCCUGAACUCAACAGGAACACCCUGGUGCCCAACGUCAGGGUCCCGACAAUAUCAGAGGAUGAGGCUCGACGCGCCCUCCUCCAGUUCGUGGAAACCAAAUGGACGUACAGCGCCAAACCCGCCAGGAACAUGACGUUCAAAGAGCUGAAGCCCAUCAUCGUCUACCGGUAUCGACUGGAGACCUACACUGAGACCAGAACCAGCGCCUGGCACUUUGAACCUUACAACGGACAAAUGGUGGAUGGUCCUCAGUACGGCAUGUGUCCUCAACCGUGGGACGUCCCAGUGACUCUCCCUCAGAGAUACACCGACAUGGUGGAGAAGGUCCGCGUGCCGCACACCUCCUUCAUCAAGCUCUGUCACAAAUGUAACGGCAUUGGAAGAACUCGCUGUGGCUGCUGCUUUGGUCGAGGCAUGAAGCGUUGUCCUUUCUGCCACGGAAACGGUCGAUCCAGGAACAAGCGCUGCACCUCCUGUCACGGCCGAGGUCGCAAGAGGUGUAGCUCCUGUCUGGGCAAAGGCUUCAAGACCUGCACCAUCUGUCACGGCAGCCAGAACCUGCUGCAUUUCAUCCUGCUCACGGUCACAUGGAAACACAACGUAGACGACUUCAUUCCCGAUCGUCAGCCGGACUUUCCUGACAAGAAGUUUGAGAAGGUGACCGGAGAUCCUUUCUUCAUCGACGAGAACGUUCUGGUUUAUCCCAUCCAGGGUUUCCCCGAUCAGGAGAUCUGUGAUGUUUCUUCUAAACUGAUCAACGAACACCUGAACCGCUUCAGGGCCACCAGUCGCAUCCUGCAGCAGCGUCAGACCAUCGAGCUGGUGCCGCUGACUCACGCUCUUUACUCUUACAAAGGAAAAGACCAGAGCUUCUUCGUCUACGGAACAGAGAACAAGGUGUUUACCUCCAAAUAUCCAUCUGCGUGCUCUAUCUCAUAAGUUCAGACAGAUGUUGAACAGAUGUUGAACAUGUGAUUCAGAUGUUGAACAGAUGUUGAACAGGUGAUUCAGAUGAUUCAGGUGCAGUAACGACCUUUAAAUUCACUGAAAACACCACCUUCAUUUUUAUAUAUAGAUUUAUAUACUUAUAUAUUAUAGAACAUAUCUUUCUCAUGUAUGAACAUGACUGAAUAUAUCCAGUUUACACUAAAGACCGUUACUUUAUUGACUUUUAGUUAUUUUAUCAAAUACAGAUUUUAACCAUUUCUCACAACCUCAGUUUCAGGUUACAAAUGAGUUUGUCAAUUUCACACUAUGAUUAUUAAUUCUGUUGUUUUGCAUCAAAGAUUUGACCUGUGGUUUGUUUCAGGUUAAAUAUAAUCCAGUUAAAUCCAGUAAAAUCCAGUGAAUCCAUUUUGUACUAACGUCUGCUACCUCGUCCCUGUCAGUCGGACUGAACCUGUUCUCUUUACUCUAGAAUUCACAGUAUAAUGCAACCGGUUCAGUUUCAGAUCCUCCAGUUCAGCUCUAACAGCAGAAAGUCUCUCGUAUCCCUCCGCCCGGGCCGAACAGCACCUGAUCGUCUAGUUCUUACAGUAGAAUCAUAAAAGAGACAAGGAGGUGGUUUGAUAGAGUUAACGAUUCACUUGCCAAAGACGUUAUGUUUGGUUGUGUGUUUGUGAGCAGGGUUCAAACUCCUGAGGUGAUUUCCAUUAAAGCGGGGGGGGGGGGCAGGUUAAUAUUAGCAUAUUUGGAGACCAAGUCGCCAUGAGAGAAAAUGAUCAUUUCAAACCUUUUGAAAACGGGAUGUUAAACAACAAAGAUCUUCAGGGGUUUAAUACGUUAAACAUGUUAAACACGCCCCUUAAUCUGCUCUCAGGCUCCGCCCCUCCUCCAUGUUUGGUGGAAAUCAGUUUGAACUUCCCUCGUUGGCCGAGGUUAUUAUGUGUCUCGAUAUUUUCUAAUCAUCUUGAGGUGAUCAACGUCCUCGAGUCAAUUCUCACAAACCCUGAACUGUAAACUCCUCCGUGUUUGUUAUGUUGUGUGUAUUUUUACUUUCUGUGGGAUGAACCACUACUUCAAUAUUGUGUUUUUAUACGAUAGUCAGUUUAAUUCCUUCAACCUAAAGACAAAAUACUUGUUAUUAUAUUUCAUAACGAAUCAGUUUACAGUCAGUUCCUCUGCACUGAUUCAUGUGUGUUGUUCUUUUACAUCAUCUGUCUCAUGUUCAUGAACCUUUUGGGUUUUAAACACAGAAUCAUCGUCAACAGGUCAUGGAUAAAGUUUCAGUCAGAAAAAACACAUAAAUGAUAAUUAUCAUACAAACAAUGUAACACAAUUGUGUCUAUAAAUCAAAUAACAACAAUAGAAACAACAACCCAGACGUCAUCCUGUCCAAACAGUGCAAAUGUAUAUUCACUCAAAAAGAGGAAACAUCAAAGAAAGAUAAAAUGACAAUAAUAAAACAAUAAAAUACUAAAGGUGAAGUUAAAAAUGCUAAAUAUGACUGAAACAAGAGUUAAAAAUUAUGGCAGUAAAGAACAAUCCAGAGAAAUUAGGUUAGAUGUAAAAGUAAAUACAUAAAAUAAUCAUUGAAAUUCAAUUAAAUGAAUGUCCUGACUAUAAAUGUAGGUUCUGACAUUUUAUAAACCAAACGAUUCUUCAAGAAAAUGAUUGUCGGAUUAAUUCGUAUUUAAACAUCUGUUAGUAAAUAUUUUGCUCUGAAUGUUGUUAAAACCAAAGAUGAGAUUUGACUCCAGACGAGUUGAAAUAUUAACUGAUUAUUUUCACAUUUCAUGGUUAUUUUUCAUUUCCUCAGCCAGUAUCACAGCCACUGAAAAGAGCCAGUUUGAUAUGAAAUCACAGAAAAGUACUGAACAUAAAUCUUAAACGGUAAAUGAAGGAAACGGAGAUGUUCGGAUUAUUCUCUUCCUAAUACUAAUUCCAAUACCUGGAAUACUUUGUGCAUAUGACUGAUCCGAUACCAGUUCGUUAAAAAUAACGUACAGAAUGUAUUUUACCAGCUUGCAGCUACUAACCCUGUCGCUCUCUGAUUUCAAAUAAUCAAACCAACAGUUUGUUCAGCCUCUGACACUGAGACGACUCUUUAUAUUAUAUAUAUAUAUAUAUAUUAUAUAAUACGUUUCUGGUUGUUUUUUUUUAUACUAUUUCUUAUAUUUUGUAUUCUUUUAAGCUCAGGAUACUUUUAUACAAUAAAUUCUCUGAGUCCAUAAACAAUCUUUUGGAAUAACUGAUUCCUGUAAUGACGUCAUUUUACGAACUCUUGUUUUUACUUUUUAUAGAAAAAAAAGAAAGUGGCCUUAUACACCUGAACAACUCUGUGACAUGUAAUUAAUCUGUCAAUGUCCAAUAAACUCAUUCAAUUUACAGCUAAA